AUGCCGGACGCCGACGAGAAGGCCCGCUCGGCGGACACCUCCUCGUCCUCUUACGGGUACCCGCCGUCGGCGCCGCCGCAGCACCAGCACCCGCACCAGUACGGCACCUUCGGCCCCCCGUCGUCCAGGGCCUCUGGGGAGUUUCCGCAGCCGGCGGUCGGGUUCCCCCAGCCAGGCGCCGCCGCCCGGGAUGCAGCACUACCCGCAGCCGCCGCCGCCGUCGGCGUCACCAAUGGCUUUGGUGUUGCUCAUCCCAAAUUAGAGGUCAUUUGA